AUGGUUGCUCUACAAUCCACCGUCGAUUCGUCAUCAAAUUCAGCUUCGUCGGCGACGAUCUCCGCCGUCCACCAUGACGUCCUGAGAUCCCACAUCCUGAACCGCCUCGACGGCCCCGCUCUGGCCGCCCUCUCCUCCGCGUCGCCGGACCUCCGCUCCACGAUCUCCACCGACGACGAACUCUGGCGGAACAUCUGCGCCGCCACGUGGCCUUCCGUCAACAAUCCCGAACUAUCCUCCCUGAUCCCGACCUUCAACCACGGCUACCGCUCCUUCUUCUCCGACUCCUUCCCGGCAAUCCACCUCUCCGGCGGCGCCGCCACGGGGAAUCCGGACCCGGAAAUCACGGGACUGAUCUCCGCCGUCGACAUUUACUACGGAGAUUCCCCGAUUUUUUCCAAAGUCACGGAGACGGAGACCGUGACGUCGUGGUUCCAGACGGCGCCGUUUCGAAUCGAGCUGCUGGAGGCGAAGGAGGUGGUCCCCACUGCGACGGCGGCGGCGGGGAAGGAGGCGGAGGACGCGUGGCUGAGGCAGCUGGAGGAGAACCUGAGGGUGAGCUGGAUCGUGAUCGAUCCGGCGGGGAGGCGGUCGGCGAAUCUCUCGAGCGGCGUUGCGGUGGCGGCGCGGCACCACUGGCUGACCGGGGAGGUGCAGGUGAAAUUCUCGACGGUGGCGGCGGAGGGGGCGGAGGGGGAAGGCGGGGAGGCGGCGGAGUGCGGGGUGGUGGUCACGUGCGGCGGGGAGGAAGGAGGGGAGGUGCACGUGCGGGAUAUUUAUUUGGGGAUGGAGGACAUGGAAGGGCGGAGCCUGUGCGGGAGGGACAGUUUGGGGAUUUUGCGUGGGGCGAUGGAAGGGGAGCGGCGGCGGCGCGUGGAGACGAGGGAGGAAGGGAAGGAGAAGUACGAGAGGUUUUUGGAGAGGAAGAGGGAGUGGAAACGGCGCGUCGAGAGGAGAGAGAAGGUUCUCGAUACGCUGUGUGUUGCCACUGGGGUCGCUUUUUUCCUGACGUUUUUGGCCUUCCUUUUGAUGUGA